CGCACGGCGAAAUGACGCAGCACCUGGACGACGCGCGACUCGCCGCACGUAGAGCGGUGCAAUUCGACAGCAAUGGUCGCUACGAGCAGGCCCUGUAUUAUUACGACGUCGCGAUCAGGCUUCUGAGCGGCGCGCGGUCGGACGGCGCGUACGAGGACAAGCUCGCGGAGUAUCGCGAGAGGAUCUCGUCGAUACGACGUCUCGUGCGCGAGGAGGAGCAAAACAAUCACAAGCCCGAGCCCCUGCACCAGUCCGAGUUACAGAGAUGCAAGUUCCUCAUGAAUCAGGCGCUGGACGCGGACGAAGCGGGCCUGAAGGACAUCGCGGUGAAGCUGUACACCGACGCCGCCGCGCUUGGCCUUGGUACAAAAACCGCCGACGCAGAAGUGAAGGCGAAACUGACGAAUCUUGUUAGAGUCGCCGUCGAGCGGGCGGAGACUUUGAAAGGGAUCAAAACUACCGAGGACACCGGUGUCAUGAAAUGCCUUGCUAAACUGCCGUCCGUACCAGAAAGCGGCUUCCCAGACACUGAACAGGCAGUACAGUCGGAGCAGCCAGUAAAUGCAUCAUCGACCGCUCCAGCGAGAGAUGCCAGAGCCUCGCUACAUCGGGGAAGCAGUGGGCAUCUCAAAGUGACUGGUAGCAGCAAUUAUACCGAGGAAGAGAAGAAAGUACUGCUCUACGGCUCUCACAUAAACGAUAACGACUUCGUGCCGUUUAUGAGUAUCGAUCUUGCUGAGAAGUUCCAAUACGCCUUUCCAUUUACCGACAAAGACGGACUGUUAGAGCUGGCGCCGAAGCAAAAGCCCGAUUUCGCCGGGUGGCGCCGGCCGGAAGAGUUAUAUUCCGACCCCAAAAUGCUCGUGGGCCAUCACGUUGACUACUUCAGCAUAAAACAGACUGUAGUUUCCGAUUGUUCGUUUGUUGCUUCCCUGGCUGUGAGUGCUCAAUAUGAGAAAAAGUUUGGACGGAGACUCAUAACGUCCAUUAUUUAUCCCAAAAAUAAGUACAAGGAGCCCAUAUACAAUCCAUUUGGAAAAUACAUGGUGAAACUACACAUCAAUGGCAUUCCACGUAAAGUAAUAAUAGAUGACCUUCUGCCUGUAAGCCGAUACAACCAAUUACUCUGUUCCUACUCUAGCAAUCGUGGGGAGCUAUGGAUUUCUUUACUCGAGAAGGCUUAUAUGAAAGUAAUGGGUGGUUAUGAUUUUCCUGGAUCAAACAGCAAUAUUGAUUUACAUGCCUUAACCGGCUGGAUACCUGAGAGAUGGGCGAUAAGACCGAAUGAGGUAGAUUUCAAUAAGGAUAAUUUAUUUGAUUUAUUACUAUUUCGACUUCAUAAGGGAGACGUGCUAGUCACUGUAGCCACAGGAGAGUUAUCGGAUUUGGACGCGGAUCGUACUGGCCUUGUACCGAGUCAUGCAUAUGCUGUUCUAGAUGUGAGGAAGAUUAAUGGAGAAAGAUUACUACAAUUGAAAAAUCCAUGGUCUCACUUGCGAUGGAGAGGCAAUUAUUCCGAACUUGAUGCAAGUCACUGGACUCAGGAUUUGAAGGAGACAUUGAAUUAUGAUCCAGAAUCUGCCUCUGAAUUUGAUAAUGGCGUUUUUUGGAUCGAUUAUGACAGCAUAUGUCGGUUCUUCGACGUAUUUUAUUUGAACUGGAAUCCAGGACUAUUUCAUUAUACUUAUUGCAUACAUCAAAUGUGGAAAGCUGGCAUUGGACCUGUGAAAGAUGCGUACAACAUUGGUGACAAUCCACAAUUCUCGUUAGAGGUACAGAGUAAAGGGUCCGGCGCUAUUUGGAUACUUCUUACAAGGCAUAUUACGGACAUAGCAGAUUUUCGACAAAAUCAAGAAUAUAUUACAGUUUUAAUCUAUCGUAACGAUGGAAAAAGGGUAUAUUAUCCGCAUGAUCCACCACCGUACAUCGAUGGUGUGAGAAUAAAUAGUCCACAUUACUUGUGCAAGAUCAAACUCAAUGAUCAAAGUGAUGCAAAAUAUACUUUGGUUAUAUCUCAAUAUGAGAAAACAAAUACUAUCUAUUACACGCUCCGUGCAUAUGGAACAUGUCCGUUUGUACUGCGGAAAAUACCUCAGCUUUAUAAAUACGAAAAAGAGGUUACAGGUCAAUGGAAAAAUGUCACAGCAGGAGGAUGCGGCAAUCAUCCUACUUAUGUGAACAAUCCGCGAUAUCAAGUAGUGCUCGAAAGCGCUAAUAACAAUAAUUACUUAUUAAUUAUUUUGAAAGGACCUAAACAGUAUCAAAUAGGCUUCGACAUUAACACCGUUGUAAUGAAUGAUGCAAAUGCAGAAACCGCGUUUAAAACAAAAAGUUCUGGACCAUUUAGAUCCGGAUUUGUGUACUUGGAACUGGAAGAUGUACCCGCAGGGACAUACCAUAUUGUUCCCGCAACGUAUGUACCUGGUCAGGAGGGGCCAUUCUUUUUAAUCUGUAAAUCUUCUUGUAAUUUGCAGCUACAACUUCUUUAACAAAUUAAAUAAAUUGUUGAACUGUAAGUACAGAUAUCAGGCUGCUUAUAUUCAUCUAUAGUUGUACAUAUGCCAGUUUAUCAGCGUUGAUUUCAUUUAGAACAUCUUUUUAAAUCAAUCUUUGAUAAAAGUUUAAUUAAUCGUUAGUUAUUUUUACCGUAACUAUUGUCCAAUUCAAAUUUUUUCCUAAAAUCCGGAUCUUUCACUGAAAUGUUUCUUAAAUUAGUUAGCAAUCACUGACAAAAAUACAGCAUUAUCUAUUUUAAUAUGUACAUAACUAUUUAUAGAAAAAAAUACCUGCACAGUUGAAAAAGUCAUUUGUAAUCUAUAAAUAAUUAUAAAAAUAAAUUCGGGAAAGAGUAAUUUACAGACGACUACCUCAUAAUAGAUUUAUUUUAUAUUCCAAAAAUAUAUAUGAACGAGACUAGACAUUCAUUAAAUUUUGUUACCAUAAAAAAUUGUCAGACUUAUUAUAUUUACGGUUGUUUAUGUUACUAAUAUUUUAAAGAAAAAUUUGACAACACAAGCAACACAUAAAUCAAAUGUUUUAGUUCGUACUUAUGAUUGCGUUUGGGGAGAAUAUGUACAAGGCACUACAGUCUAAAAUUUUGACCGAUUGUGGUAUGUAAACGUAUCUAAAAUAAAUUGACAAAGUAUUUUUAUUACUUGUUCCUAUGUAUAAUCGACAUGCACAAUAUAUCGAAUAAAUUUUGGAAAAAUAUUUUAGUGUAAUAUGCUAUACAUUGCAAAGACAUUGAUGUAAUAACAUAUAUUUAAUUAAAAAUAUUUUCAUUUGCAUAGAGACAAAAAUAUUUGGAGAACUGCAUAUCGUGUUUACACAGACAAUUAUACAAUUACCUUAAGUUAAAUAAUAAGUGGACUUGUGACACAUAAACUCUUAAUGUACAUCUCUGUAAAUAGUAAAUCCAUUACAUUGCUCUUAUCAUCUUUACUGUAUGUAUUGGAAAUUCUUUCUCCACACAUGCGCACCCUUUGCACCUUUUUAUGGCAUCUUUUAUUUUAAUAUAUUAAUAAAUUUAAUUAGUUUAUAUUGUGUGUGUGAUUUUUACAUGUACAAAAUAUUAAUUUUUGUAUACAAUAUACAUAUAAUAAACA